CGCCCGACUGGGCAUCCUGCGGUCGGAGCUCCCUGGGACUGCCGUUGACCUUGGGGCAGCCCUCGGGGAGAUAGGCUUGGGGAAACACAGAGAGACGCGCGUGGCCCAUGUGACAUGCUGCUGGCGAGAGGGUUAACUGCAUGCUGACGCGCAGGAAUGAAGUUGGGCACCGAGCGCAACUGGCAUUGCAUUUUUGCGGGGGCUGGGGAGAGGUUGCAAGCUAGCAAACCAACAGAAGCCCCGAGGGACUGUUUGGAGGAGCCGGAGUGCGGUGGAGAUUGCCAGGGGGUAGUGAUGUGAAUUAUUAAAAAGAAAAAUGGCCCGACGGAGUACUGUAUUUCCUUCUCUUGUCACCAAGGAAAGGUAUAAUAUAUGGAAAAUAUGCAUCUAAGGCGAGUUAGAACCAUGCCCCGACACAGCCAGUCCCUGACCAUGGCUCCCUACUCCUCUGUGAGCCUCAUGGAGCAGCUGGAAGACAGGAUCCUCUGCCACGAGAAGACGACAGCAGCCCUCGUGGAGCAUGCCUUCCGAAUUAAAGAUGACAUCGUCAACAGUUUGCAGAAAAUGCAAAACAAAGGGGGAGGUGACCGCUUGGCCAGGCUUUUCUUGGAGGAGCACAUCAGAAACAUAACUGCCAUAGUGAAGCAACUUAAUCGGGAUAUCGAGGUGCUCCAGGAGCAGAUCCGUGCCCGGGACAACAUCAGCUAUGGAACUAAUUCUGCCUUAAAGACUCUGGAGAUGAGGCAGCUGUCCGGUCUGGGAGAUCUUCGAGGGCGAGUGGCAAGAUGUGAUGCCAGCAUAGCCAGACUCUCUGCUGAGCACAAGACGACCUAUGAGGGGCUUCAGCACUUGAACAAGGAACAGCAAGCUGCCAAGCUUAUCUUGGAAACGAAAAUCAAAGACGCAGAGGGACAGAUUUCUCAGCUUUUGAACAGAGUGGACUUGUCGAUAUCGGAGCAAAGCACCAAGCUGAAGAUGUCCCACAGAGACAGCAGCCACCAGCUGCAGCUUUUGGACACUAAAUUUAAAGGUACAAUUGAGGAACUCAGUAACCAGAUUUUAUCUGCCCGGAAUUGGCUGCAACAGGAACAAGAACGGAUAGAAAAAGAACUUCUACAGAAAAUCGAUCAGCUUUCCUUGGUUGUUAAGGAAAACAGUGGAGCCAGUGAAAGGGACAUGGAGAAGAAACUCAGCCAGAUGUCAGCCAGACUUGACAAAAUAGAAGAGAGUCAAAAGAAGCACGUGGAAGUGCAGAGAACAAGACAAGAGGAGGAGAAGCUGCACGGGCGCAUCAGCAAGCUGGAGCUGCAGAUGAGCGAGGACCUGAAGGACAUGAAAGCGGAAGUUGAUGCUGGGUUUACAGCCAUCUAUGAAAGCAUAGGAUCCCUCAGGCAAGUUCUCGAAGCCAAGAUGAAACUGGACAAGGACCACCUGCAGAAGCAAAUCCAACAGAUGCAGAAGUCAGAAGCUCCCGUGUGAGGGAGUUGGGACAAGACCUCAAAGGCGUUUUGCCAGUUGGUGUGGGAGUUAGGUACUUCUGUAGCCAGGUUGUUGUGGUAUCUGGAAUUGUCCUGUUCACGUGUGCAUGUGCCAAGAAAUGUGUUGUCA